AUGCCGGACGAUGCUGUUGCCUCUCAGCUGCUGGUGAACAACGUGGUGGUGGACAACGCGGACGUGGAGACGGACCGCGGCGUGGUGCACGGAGUGGCGCGCGUGCUGCACGUGCUGCACAACCGCUGUGACACCAACGAGACCACGGUCACUCUGAGCAAAUGCUCGAGCUGCCAGUUCAAGCCCGACUGCCCUGUUGGCACGGUGCCCGUGGAGGGUCCGGGCCCACGCCGCAAGUCGAACUGCAUCUACCUCCGCUACUUCCUGGGCCGCCGGCAGAUGUUCCUGGGCUGCCGCUCCAACUGUGCACGCACCGUCAUCACGACCGACUGCUGCGAGGGCUUCUUUGGGCCCCCGUGUGCCGCGUGCCCGGGCCAGGUGGAGGCGGCGGGCGAGGGGGGCGGGGCGUGCGGGGGCCACGGGAUCUGCAGCGACGGGCUCAACGGCACCGGUGCGUGCGCGUGCCAGGAGGGCUACACGGGGCGCGCGUGCCAGCAGUGCGAGCCCGGCAAGUUCGGCCACAGCUGCCUGCAAGACUGCGCGUGCGUCAACGGGCGCUGCCGGGACGGCGAGCAGGGCGACGGGAGCUGCGGCUGCGCCGUGGGCUGGCGUGGAAUCCGCUGCGACGAGCGAAUAAAAGAUGACCUUUGCAACAAGACGUGCCACUCCAGUGCCAACUGUGUGGCUGGCGCUGCUGUAGGUGGCGUCCCGUCGUGCGUUUGUGCCGCGGGGUUCACGGGGAACGGCAGCGACUGCACGGCGGUGAACGCGUGCGAGAGAGACAACGGGGGAUGCUCGGUGUUCGCUUCGUGCACCCGCACCCAGCCCGGCCUUCGCAUCUGCACCUGCAUGCAGGGAUUCACUGGGGAUGGAGUCAUCUGUGAAGAAAUUGAUCCGUGCCUGGAAAACAACGGCGGGUGCCACGCCAACGCAGAGUGCACGCGCAUCGGGCCCAACAAGGGCGUGUGCAACUGCCUGCGCGGCUUCCAGGGAGAUGGGAAAUCAUCCUGCGAGUCCAUCAACCCGUGCCGCGUGGGCAAUGGCGGCUGCAGCCUCUAUGGCAAAUGCAACCACACGGGCCCUGGGACCAGCACGUGCACCUGCAACCCGAGCUACGUGGGCGACGGGUACACCUGCCGGGGCACGGUCUUCCAGGAGCUCUCCAUCCACUCCGAGACCGGGGGGUUCUUCCUCCAGCUGCAGAGGAACAAGAUGGCGGAGCUGGCUGGGCCGGGCCCUUUCACCGUCUUCGUGCCGACAAACGCGGCCUUCAAGAGGGACAAGAAGCUGCUGGAGGAGGUGGUGGCGCGGGGGCAGCUGUCGCAGCUGCUGUGGCACCACGUGGUCGCGUGCAACCAACUCAUGAUGGCCGACCUGCUCGCCCUGCCAGCGCUCGUGUCACUGCACGGGGAGGCCCUGACCCUCGCCCGCUCGCCACAGGUUGGCGGCGACGCAGCGUCGGUGCUGGUGGGCGGCGUGGCGCACAUCACGGCCAGCGACUACGUGGCGUCCAACGGCGUCUUGCACAUGCUCGAUCGGCUGCUGGUGCCCAAGCGCAUGCAGGCCUUCGAGCGCACGACCAGCGGACUCUCCUCCGUGCUGAAAAACAUUACUGCUGUGGCAGAAGAUCAUGGAUAUUCAGAGUUUGUGAGUCUGCUCGCGAAGUGUGGGCUGCUGGCGCUGGUGGCCGAGCCGCUGCACCGCCCCUACACCAUGCUGUGGCCCACGGACGCGGCGCUGCGCUCACUGCCGCCCGCGCGGCGCGACUUCCUGUACGCGCCGGCGCAGCGCGACCGGCUCGCAGAGCACCUCAAGUUCCACAUGGUCCGCGACGCCAAGGUGCUGGCAUCCGACAUGCCGACGGUGGGGCCGCUCUUGACCAUGCAAGGCUCCGAGAUCUCCUUCUCCUGCUCCACGUCCAACGCCACGGGCGAGCUCUUCGUGAACGAGGGGAGCGCCCGCAUCGUGCAGCGUGCGCUCGAGUUUGACGGGGGGCUGCUGUACGGCCUCGACGCACUGCUGCAGCCGCCCAGUGUCGGGGGACGCUGCGACGUCUUCACCACUAUCGACAUCAAGGGAGACUGUGGGAACUGCGCUCGAUUGCCGCCAUGUCCAGGGUCAACCAAGUCGAAGGACAAGAUUGUGCGCUGCUCCUACAGCUCGCUGUUUGGCGCGCUGCGAGACGGCUGCCGACGCGACUGCGCCCUCUCCGUGUGGCACCAGCAGUGCUGCGCCGGCUUCUACGGCCGGGACUGCCGGCCGUGCCCCGGUGGAGCGGCGAGGCCGUGCGGCCGCCGUGGCGUGUGCGAGGACGGCUCGGCGGGGAGCGGCACGUGUCGCUGCCAGGCCGCCUUCAACGGCACCGCGUGCGAGGAGUGCACGCCCGGGAGAUACGGGCCCUCCUGCAAACCGUGCAUGUGCAGUGCCACGGGCACGUGUGACGAGGGUGUGGCGGGUAGCGGGUCGUGCUUCUGUGCCGAGGGGUGGACCGGCAAGCGAUGCGACACCAAGCUCGCCCGGAAGCCGGUGUGCGUCCCCGCGUGCCACAAGAACGCAAUUUGCCGGGACAACAGCACGUGCAUCUGCAAGCCGGUGUACGAGGGCGACGGAGUCUCCUGCAAGCUGGUGAGCCUGUGCAAGCAGGCCAACGGCGGCUGCCACAAGUGGGCCGGCUGCUACCAGAAGGGUACGAAGGUGGAGUGCCGCUGCCGCACCGGCUACGAGGGCGACGGGCGCGUGUGCCGCUGGCAGGACCGCUGCGCCAACGACAACAACGGAGGGUGCAGCGAGAACGCGGCGUGCACCAUGACGGGACCGAACAAGCGGCGGUGCACGUGCGGCGCCGGCUUCGUGGGCAACGGGGAGCAGUGCCUGCCCGUGGCGGCGCCGCCAAUCGACCGCUGCCUGGUGGACAACGGACGGUGCCACCCCGACGCCACCUGCACCGACCUCCACCACGCGGAGGGCGUGGCCGGUGUGUCCCACGUGCGCUCCGCCAAGGGGCAGUACCUUCUGAACCGCACGCAAGCGGAGGAGGCGUGCGCAUCACAGGGGGCGACCAUCGCCACCUUCAGCCAGCUGUCUGCCGCACAGCAGGUGGGUCUGCACCUGUGCUCCGUGGGCUGGCUGGCGGGCGGGCGGGCCGGCUACCCCACCAUCUACCCGAGCAAGCGCUGCGGCCUCGGGGUCGUGGGCGUCGUGGACUACGGGGAGCGGCUCAACCAGAGCGAGCUCUGGGACGUCUACUGCUUCCGCGUCAAAGAGGUGCGGUGCGCGUGCACGGACGGCUUCGUGGGCGACGGCUUCUCCUGCAACGGCGACGUCCUGCAGGUGCUGGCCGGCCUGCCCGGCCACGCCACCUUCUACGCGGCCCUGCUGGCUUUUGCCAACGCGAGCGACAUCGGCCGGGAACUCAUGGAGGCGCUGGGUGGCGGCGACGACAACAUCACCCUCUUCCUGCCGGCCGACAGCGGAUUCGGGGCUAACGAGACGCUGUCGUGGCGGGACGUGUCCCAGCACGUGGUGGCCCCGGCCCGUGGCCGUGUCCGCUACGCGGCGCCACCGAGGGCCUCGCGCUGCCUCACGCAGCGGGGGGGUGAGGAAUGCGCGCGCCCUGAUCAGAUUCCCAACGGGAAGUGGGAGGGGAACGUCACCAUUGGCAGCAGCAUCACCUACUCGUGCGACGAGCAUUUCAGACUGGAGGGCGAGAGCACGCUCACCUGCCUAGAGACUAAGGAGUGGUCGUUCCUGCCUCCUGCGUGCGACCCGUUCUGCGGAAAACCACCUCCACAGCGUCACGCACAGCUUGCCAUAGCUUACGACCGCAGGGAACUCUACCGCGUAGAUCAGUACGCGUACUUCUACUGCGACGAGUACUACAGGUCUCCCUCACCUGGCUUUUACCUGACCUGCAAGCAAGAGGGUGGCCGAACGACUUGGGACACGGAUCACCGGCGGUGCAAUCGUGAGGAAUGCGAGCGCCCUGAUCAGAUUCCCAACGGCAAGUGGGAGGGGAACGUCACCACUGGCAGCAGCAUCACCUACUCGUGCGACGAGCAUUUCAGGCUGCAGGGCAACAGAACUCUGGUUUGCCUCUACAAUCAUCAGUGGUCAUCAUCGCCCCCCGCAUGUAAACCGUUCUGCGGCAAACCACCUUCACAGCCCCACGCGAAGUUUUCUCCAGUGAACGACGACAAACAGCAGUACUUCGAAAACCAGACGGUCCACUUUGACUGCGACGAGGACUACAAGUCUCCGUCAGAUGGGUUUGACUUGUACUGCAGAAGAAAGGGUGACAUGAUGGCUUGGGAUGCGGACCACAAGCGGUGCAACCGUGAGGAAGGCGAGCGCCCUGAUAAGAUUCCCAACGGGAAGUGGGAGGGGAACGUCACCACAGGCAGCAGCAUCACCUACUCGUGCGACGAGCAGUGA